CUUCCGUCACCAACAUCAACUUUUUGACCUGCGCUCUGUUUGUGAAAACAAGCGCCACAAUCAAAAUGACAGAAGUCGAAAUGGCAAACACUCUUACAGCGGGUGCCGACUCGAAGUCUGAAAGACUCCCCGUUACCGUCUCCAAACCCACUCCCUACACCUUCGACCUGGGCCACCUACUCGCCAACGACCCCAACCCCCUCGAACUCCCCCGCGACCAGCCCCUCAACGCCUCGCUCAAAGCCACCGCCCGCGACGGCGUCCAAUCCCUUCUCAACCAACUCAUAACCACCUGCCCCAUCACCUCCUCCACGCAACAAGGCGUGCUGCUCACCCUGCCACCGCCCGCCACCUCGCUUCCUCGGCACAAGCCCCUUCCCACGCCCAAACCACCCACGAAAUGGGAGCUGUUCGCGCGCAAAAAGGGCAUCGGUAAGUACAGCUCGAAGCCCGGCGCUGCGCUUGCAGAUAAGGAGCGGCGCAAAAAGUUGGUGUACGAUGAGGAGAAAGGCGAGUGGGUGCCUAGAUGGGGGUAUAAGGGGAAGAACAAGAAUGAUGAUGAUUGGUUGGUGGAGGUUGAUGAGAAGGAUUGGAAGAAGGAGGAGGAUGCUGCUGCGAAGGGCAGCUCAGUGCGGGGAAUGUCGAGGGCUGAGCGGAAGGAUAGGAUACGGAGGAAUGAGAGGAAGAUGCGGUCGAAUGAGAAGAAGGCUCGGAAGGGUGGUAACUAAGGCGGUUAAUACUGUUUGGUCUUUUCUUUCUUGUUGGACUAAAAAGGCGUUGGGUUGGAGUCGAUGGUUCUUGUUUGUGCUAUGUUGAACUAUACAUACUGCCAUUGAGACAAAUCAAAAAGCUGUGAUUUACUUUCCAUCAUUUAGGCAUUCAGAACAAUUACUCAAGUCAAGCAAAUUACUGUCAUUCUCGAUUGAAUUGGCCUCGCCUAUCAUACAAGAUUACACCCAGAGCCAAUCUAGAAGGGUGCAC